AAUUGCCACUAAUUUUAAAUCAAAUGCCCUUAAUUACAUCAACUCGCGUCAGAUUGUGUCAGUGACCAUGUGAUCGACAGAAGCCUCUCAGAGGUUGUUGGAGUAUGGCUGAGCAAGGGGGCACCGCAAACAGAGGGGUUGUUCAGAGAAUGGUGUCUGUUGUUGGUGUACACAGCCUGGCCAGCAGCCUGUGGAGAUACGUGGACACUACAAUAAGUCCUGUGAUAGACUGUUACCUGUCCAGGUGUCCCCUGCCUUCACCCUCAGCCAGCUGGGAUAGACUGCAGCCCCCCAUGACCCUGAUGAGGAUGAAGCGGUGGUGCUGGAUCCCCAACUGGUUGCCAUCAUGGUGUCCCACGUCUAUGAACCAGCUGCAGACUGCAGAGGACAGCAUGCUGCGAUGUGUCAGCAGUGCUUUUACCAAACAGUUCAUCCCCAUCUCCAGUGGCAAUCUGCUUUGGACCCUUACCUUUUGCAGUGAGGGUGUUAAAAGUAAAACUCCCAUGGUUCUACUGCAUGGAUUUGGAGGUGGUGUUGGUCUUUGGGCUCAGAACCUGGAUGCUCUCUCCCAGCGUCGACCCGUCUUCGCUCUAGACCUGCUGGGCUUCGGUCAGAGCACCAGACCUCUGUUCUACACAGAGGCCCAGGGAGCAGAGGAUCAGUUUGUGGAGUCUAUUGAGCAGUGGAGGACUAAAAUGGGUCUGGAGUCCAUGAUACUGCUUGGCCACAACUUGGGAGGAUACCUGGCUGUGGCAUAUUCUAUUCGAUAUCCAGGCAGAGUGAAGCACAUCAUCCUGGUGGAACCCUGGGGUUUCCCUGAGCGUCCGGUCUCAGUAGAGCCUGACCGCCCCAUCCCUGUGUGGAUCAAAGCCCUUGGUGCUAUUUUCAGGCCCUUCAACCCCUUGGCUGGUCUACGGCUGGUAGGACCACUGGGUCCCACUCUGGUCCAGACCUUGAGACCCGACUUCAAGAAGAAGUUUUCCUCCAUGUUCAGUGAUGACACCGUGCCACAGUACAUCUACCACCUCAACGUGCAAACCCCCAGUGGAGAAACGGCUUUUAAGAACAUGACUGGUCCCUAUGGCUGGGCAAAGAGGCCAAUGCUGCAUAGGAUAGACCGGCUGCAUCCUGACAUCCCCAUCACCAUCAUCUACGGCUCCCGCUCCAGCAUAGACAGCAACUCAGGCAGCAGCAUCAAAGACAUGAGACCACACUCUCAUGUGGAGAUCAUAACAAUCCGUGGAGCUGGACACUACGUGUACGCUGACCAGGCUGACGACUUCAACCAUAGAGUUUUACAAGUGUGUGAUAAAGUUGACUGAUUGCAGAGAUGAACUUUGUUGUUGAACUUUGGAGACAAAGGGGAGCAUGAAUAACAGAGAUCACAGAAUCAGCUGGUGUGGAACCUCAGGAGUGUUUGUACAUAAAAAUAUUCUCAAAUGAGCAGUGAUCUGAGUUUAACUUAUACAUCACUGAAGUGUGACGGAUACAGGCUCUGUGUUAACGUAAUUGACCAAGUCCUCUAUUUAAUGCUCUUUAUCAGAAUCUUUAAAUAAUGCCCAUGGGAAUGUGCCACGUGCCUCUUUUGCAUUCCACUGUGAAACACCAAGAUAAUCAGUGUGAUAGCUUCUUGGUCAGUUAAGUGAAGAAUUAGUUACACAGUAUCCACAGAACUGCCUCACUCAAAUGCAGUGAAGAAGAUCAGAUAUUCUGCUGAACACAACCACAAAGCCUUAAUGUUCAGUGAACGUACAUUAUUUUUAUUUUAUAGCUGGUGUGGUCAUCUGAUCCAAACAUGCACAAAAAAGCUUCUAAAACAGUUUUUUUAAUAAUGUAAAUCUCUUUCAAAUAUAAACGCAUAUCAUAGUUUUGUACAUUUUGGUAAAAUAAACACAGUUACAUUUAAUGUGUAGGAGACUAAUUUUAUAAUGCCAUAAAAAAUAAAUAAUUUAGUUACAUAUCAGACUGAAACACUAUCGGUGUUCUAAAAGCAGUCACAGUGGCAUGAAUUCAAUGUUUCCUGUUCUGUGCUGUGGUUUGCGGUUUAUCCAUAUGAUUCCAUAGGAAGUAACCUCUUCAGAUUACAGUACCACUGCAUCGACACCAGGAGGAGGCUUUAGAUUAUUCUGCUAUCGACAGUAGCCUGUUCUGUAGCAUCUCUCCUCUGUGCAUGUAUUUGGGGCUUUGUUUUGAACUCAGAUGUUAUACCCUCUGAAGCUAGUGUACAAUCUUUGCCUUUAUUUUUCCCUGACUCACACACCAAAUACAAUAUGCUUGUGUGACAGCAUAGAGAGGCCAUAGAUUUUCUACUGAGCUGCAGUGGACCAGACAGUAUUAUUGCAACAAUGGCAACGUAUUUGCCUGUAUUUAUAGGUUGGUUAGUCUCAGCAGAUUUUUUCUCCUAAACCCUCAAUGGAGAUUAGGUCUUAUAUUUCUAUUUUCAAUACAUUAAAGUAAAAACUAUAAAAAAAACUUUUUUGCUGAACUCUACUGGAACCCCAAAUGCCUUUUGAUGGGGAGGCUAUUGAGCCAGUUCUGACAUGAUGUCAUCCACUUUGCUCACUUAAAUGUCUCUGAACAGAAUCCUCUUACUCCACACCAGCCUCCAUAAUAUGUUCUGGAAAUUAUGAGCAGUGGUGAUUCACAUGUUUAACCUCUCAGGCGAUGUCGACUCUACAGUCCUAGGCUCUGAUUGGUGGAUAUUUGUACCUGCUGCUUGAGACCAGGAGUGUGGGCAAGACUUUAACCUGAAAAAAAAUAUCCUUUUGUGAGGAAAAAAUAAAUCUAAUGCUUUGCUUCUAUAGUCAAUUGCGACUAAUUAAAAAUUCUGACUUCAAAUUAUUUCAGGAACAUAGCACAUAUCAGAUUACUGUUAACACCAAUAAGCAUUUUGAUAAUAGUGAUUAUUUGGUAAAAUCUGUAAACACAAAUAUUAGACAAAUUGAGUAAAUGAUGCAAAGUUUAAAAAAUAUUUUUGUCCUGAUAUCCAUAAUCUGUAGUACUAAAAUGUCAGCAUGAUGGUUAGUUUUGUUUGAAGUAAACCAAAAAAACAUGUCGAGCUUCCAGUAGGAGCAGAAAACACACUGAGUGAGUAGGAUUUUAUAGGCAGGACAGCCCUACCAAAAGAUGUAGGCAACUUUGUAAACCUGUCCUUAUUUCAUUAAGGUGCAAUACUAAAUCACUGUAAUGUCCCUUAAUGCCAGCAACUGAAGAUUCAAUGCAAAUUUAAAUCUUUUACAUUUACAGAAUCACAAGACUCUCAUUCUUCCGUGCCUUGUAGUGCUGGUUUAGAAAGGCUAUAUUUAGGCCGAGGAGGUUUUUUGAAUGGAUCCUAUUUUAAAUGCUCCAACGUUAUCCUUGUCGAUAAUAUGAAGGGCAGAGAGUGAAAGUUUAAAGAGGCCUUAAGAACAAAGUAAUGUGGAUGUUUCUUGGAGAACAUUUUUUUGUUUUUCUUUUUUCUCACUUCACACCAUUGUAAACAUGUACAAGAAUCUUUUUUGUGUUAAUUAUUUUGGCUCCAACAGUCUUUCCCUAUUUUAACUGUACAGAAGAUGUAAACCCAAAUAAAAUGUUUGCCGUAGUA